ACCACCUCUAUAACGUAGCAUUUGACAUUUGGCAUAAACAUAACCUCACAAAAAAUAUAGUGUCAAAAAUUGAUUUUUGAAUUUUUAAGCACUUAGGCCAUGACAACAGCCCUCCAACAGCAAGCGUUCGCUUUGGACGCCCGGUACAAUGCCCACCGUGCCCCCGAGAGCCCCAAUUUCCGAACUUUAUACAUAAGACGGCGUAGCCAAUUACUAAGAGAAACUCAGCGAGAUCCAGAAAGGUGGAAACAAUAUUUACGUCUUCGUUCCAUGCUUUUACAACAGCGAUAUGGGUCGUCAGCUGUUGAAUCAUCUUCAUCUAAUUUAUCGAGAUCUAGUAGCAUGUCAACGGACCAACAUUCCACUGUUGUGACACCUAGGGGACACUUGGUGCCCACUAAACAAGCGGAGGCUUCAAGAGCAUUGGUUGGAGGGACUUCAAUUGCGGAAAAUUAUGCUUUUGUGGGGGUACAUCAUAUAUUUGACCAACACAGUGAAGCUGUUACAAUGGUAAAGUUUGCAAACAAUGAUAAAAGUACAAUUUGUUGCGCUUCUUUGGACUUUACUUUGUCCAUAUGUGAUGUUACAAGUGAACCUCCGACAGUGUCUGCGAUUUUGAGAGGGCAUAGCAAGGCUGUGACAGGUUUUGAUUGGUCGGCAAAUAAUGAUUUGAUUGUGAGCAGUUCUUUAGACGGAACUUGCAGAGUGUGGAAAGUGUCAGAUUUUAGUUGUUUGAGAAUCGUUCAAGAUUCAAACAACUCACAGUUUUUGUGCUGCAUGUUCCAGCCUAUUAAUAACAACUUGUUUGUUACUGGUAAUAGUAGAGGAGAACUAAAAAUUGCCAAUGUCUCGACUGGUAGAUUUAUGAAAAACACUUGUAAAAUUGGCGGAAACGUGUUAUGUUUAACCUCAGAUAAUAGUGGAAAAAUUUUUUGGGUUGGAAAUGACAAGGGAGAAAUUGUGUCAUUAUUUUGCGAACUGAACGGAGCUCUUUGUAAAACAAAGAAAAUUCUAUUGUCACCAAAUUGUUCAAUUACUAGUUUGAGUUACAGAGCUUGGAUAAGUAGAGAAGCUCGUGAUCCUUUACUACUUGUAAAUGCAACAAACAAUUCGUUUUGUUUGUUUAGUGUUUUAGAUGGUGAAGGGACUUUACAACUGAAAAAAAGCUUCCAAAACAGACAACAAAAACACAUUGUGAGAUCAACCUUCUGCCCAAUUAUGUCAUUUCGUCAAGGGGCGUGUGUUGUUACUGGAAGCGAGGAUGGAAGUGUUUAUUUUGUAGACGUUGAAAAAGUGGGAAAUAGGGCUGUUGUUAACACUUUGCAAGGACAUGCUAGUGCUGUCUUGGGCAUAAGUUUUAAUUAUGAUGAGUCAUUGUUGGCCACAAGUGAUCUUCAAGGACUUGUUAUUUUAUGGAAAAAAGGAAAUUUGCUAUAAUAUAAUUGGUAUUAUUUAUAACUUGUGAUAGAAACGUAUUGGUUGUGAUUUAUUUUUGUAAAUUGAGAAAUAAAGGUGGUGGCCUCUA